AUGGAGCCAUGGCCCUGCUCCGGGCACGCGGAGCCUCCUGGCGGCGGCGCUGUGGGCGGUACGGCCCGCGCCCGGCACGUCAUCAUCAACGUGGGCGGCUGCCGCGUGCGCCUGGCCUGGGCCGCGCUUGCUCAAUGCCCCCUCGCGCGCCUGGAGCGCCUGCGCGCCUGCCGCGGCCACGACGAGCUGCUGCGCGUGUGCGACGACUACGACGUGAGCCGCGACGAGUUCUUCUUCGACCGCAGCCCGUGCGCCUUCCGCGCCAUCGUGGCGCUGCUGCGCGCGGGGAAGCUGCGGCUGCUGCGGGGCCCGUGCGCGCUGGCCUUCCGCGACGAGCUGGCCUACUGGGGCAUCGACGAGGCGCGCCUGGAGCGCUGCUGCCUGCGCCGCCUGCGCCGCCGCGAGGAGGAGGCGGCCGAGGCGCGCGCGGAGCCGGCGGAGCGCGGGGCGCAGGGGAGCCCGGCGCGCGCCUUGGGGCCCCGGGGGCGGCUGCAGCGCGGCCGGCGGCGCCUGCGCGACGUGGUGGACAACCCGCACUCGGGGCUGGCGGGCAAGCUCUUCGCCUGCGUGUCCGUGUCCUUUGUGGCCGUCACGGCCGUGGGCCUCUGCCUGAGCACCAUGCCGGACAUCCGCGCCGAAGAGGAGCGGGGCGAGUGCUCCCCCAAGUGCCGCAGCCUGUUCGUGCUGGAGACCGUGUGCGUGGCCUGGUUCUCCUUCGAGUUCCUGCUGCGCUCCCUGCAGGCCGAGAGCAAGUGCGCCUUCCUGCGCGCGCCGCUCAACAUCAUCGACAUCCUGGCGCUCCUGCCCUUCUACGUGUCGCUGCUGCUGGGGCUGGCGGCGGGCCCGGGCGGGAGCAAGCUCCUGGAGCGCGCGGGGCUGGUGCUGCGGCUGCUGCGAGCGCUGCGCGUGCUCUACGUGAUGCGCCUGGCACGCCACUCACUGGGGCUGCGCUCGCUGGGCCUGACCGUGCGCCGCUGUGCGCGUGAGUUCGGGCUGCUGCUGCUGUUCCUGUGCGUGGCCAUGGCGCUCUUCGCGCCGCUGGUGCACCUGGCCGAGCGCGAGCUGGGCGCGCGCCGCGACUUCUCCAGCGUGCCCGCCAGCUACUGGUGGGCCGUGAUCUCCAUGACCACCGUGGGCUACGGCGACAUGGUCCCGCGCAGCCUGCCCGGCCAGGUGGUGGCGCUCAGCAGCAUCCUCAGCGGCAUCCUGCUCAUGGCCUUCCCCGUCACCUCCAUCUUCCACACCUUCUCGCGCUCCUACUCCGAGCUCAAGGAGCAGCAGCAGCGCGCAGCUAGCCCCGAGCCGGCCCUGCGUGAGGACAGCACGCGCUCGGCCACGGCCACCGAGGACAGCUCGCAGGGCCCCGACAGCGGGGGCCUGGCCGCCGACUCUGCGGACGCACUGUGGACCCGGGCAGGGCCCUGACGCCGGCACCGCCCACACGGAGACCCCUCCACAGCAGCUGCAGCGUAGGGAACCCGGAGGCGCGCGGGGCAUCUGGCCCGGGGGAGCGGGUCCUGCAGGCCUCGUCCUCGGCCCUCAUGCAUGAGCAGCCCCAGAACUCGGUGGACCCCGGCCUGGAAGCCACUGGCCUGUGACCUCUUGCCCCUCUCCUUUCCAUGGAUUUUUAAUUUUUUAUGCCUAGUUAAAAAAUUUAGUAAGUCCCAGAAAUUCCACGCCUGUUGUAGAUGACUUGGUUCCCCCUCUGACCGUUCCUGCCUUCCAGGGAGAAGUGGGGAGCACGGCCCCCCUCAGGCCCCCCCCACCCCCCGCACCCAGAAUGGGCAGGUCCCUGCAGGAGGCGGCCCUGGGCAUCCAGCUCUGCCCACAUCCCCUUCCCAGGGAUGGGACAGAGGUUGGACGCUGACACUCACAGUCCCCUAGUCCGCCCCAGUAACUGCCCUUUCCAGGAUUGGGGCAGGGGGCUCCAGCCCUGACCUCUAACGUCCAUCCCCUGACACACUUUCCCUAGGGAAUCUUAGAGGCCUGACCUCCGGGAGGGUACCUCCUACACUCCCUUCUUCGCACCGUUUGCGUGUGGCAUUGUAACCCUUCCAGGGCCUAUGGGACCGUGACCUUAUUCUUCUGGGACACCUCCUGUCCCCAACAGGAGUGUUUCCUUGGGGCUUCAUUCAGAUGGAAGAACUGCCCUGCCCUCUGGAUGAGGCUGUGGAGGAAGCGGCUGAGAUUCCUCGGGGCACCUGCGGGGACAGGCACCAAAGCUCGGGCCUCUCCCCACAGGUGGAGAGGAAGGAACUUUCCACUUCACGCUGCUCUAUAUGCAUUCACUUUAGUGAGUUCAGCCAGGAGACCUGAGACGUGACCACAGUCUGAAGCGGGAGAGGGACACAUCACCUGGAGGGUCCCACCUUCCAUUACAAGGCAGCUAACGCAGGGCCCCUGGCACGGGGCAGUGGCUGGGAGAAGGGGAAGCUCAUUUCCUGGCUCUGUGGGAACCCAAUGCAAACCACCCCCUGCUCCCACACGGCUUGCGGCGGAGCUCCUCUCGGUGUCCUGUGGUCUUUGGGGUCUGCCCUGGAGCCUGGUACUCCUCGGCCCGAAAGAGAUUUCCUUCCAUGAUGGGGGAGUCAGGAGGAACCGCCAGGGCGCCUGAGCGUGAUGUCCAUGCACUCAAGGCCUGGUUUUGCAGAUCUGCGUCCACAGCAGCAAGCCCAUCUCCCCUUCCUGUGGCUGCACAGAAUGGCCAGUCUGCCACUGGUCCCCAGCUCCCCGGCAGGGCUGGGUGCUUUCGGGAUGCCAAGAGGAGACCCCAGGGCUGGAAUGGGCUGGGAGAGGCCUGAGGGGCCACCAUGAUGCUGCCUCAGCUCCCGGCAGCACACAGCACUUGGCUCCUCCAAGUGUCAAGGCUUUGGGACAAGGGACAGGGGUCCAGGAUGCAGGGAAACUGAAAUACCUUGGUCUUAUCAGCGAUCGUUCCUCCAGGGUCAGGUGGGCGGACGCCAGUGUGCAGGAAGCCCUGCUUCUUCAGGGAUCCUCACCUCAGCGCCUCGGGCAGAAAAGGCUCCCGUCAUUCACACGGGGAAACAGAGCAGUGCAAGAUCAGCCAGGCAAGAUGUGGCUUUCAGGCCUGAAACCUGCCCACCGCCCUGGCACCACGCUUGAGUAGAGAGAGCCCUGGGGCUGCACCGCCGCCUCUCCCUGGGGCUCACUGUGGGGGCCCUGCAGGGCUCGGGGCUGGCUGAGCACCUGCCCAGGCUUCUGGCCUCCCUGGGGCACAAACCCCUCCCGGACCAAGGCCACAGGAGUCUGUAAGGGACACAGCUGUGGACAAAGAGCAGGAGACGGGCAUGACCCGGGUGAGUGCCGAGCCUCUUCUCCAUGGCAGGGCCUGCAGCAGCCACUGGGACCACCGGGGCUCAGACCCGCCUCCCCCAACCAGGUCAGCUGGGGCCCCAGGUGCCCAUGACACUGGCUGGGCCCAGGGCCCCGGACACACAGCGGGGCACCUGAGGCCUGGCAGCACACUGGGGGCUGCCUCUCACAGUGACAGCUUUGGGUCUUGCUCAGGAAUGGGCAGAGCUUAGUACUGGGCUGAGAGGCCUGGGCAGAGGACCGCCCAAGGGGCCACAUGCUAAGACCAGCGCCCCCCACCCUCUGCUGCUCAUCCCACCCUCUACUGGUGACCCCAGGGACAGGAUUCCUUCUGUGUGGUGAGGUGCUGACCACCACAAAGACCCCCAGAAACAAACCCAAUUUGUUCUCCCUCGGAGGGCUGGGUCAGAGGUGGGGAGUGACGGGGAUGGGGUCUCAGACCUGCCCCUCCCCAUCCUGGGCUGCAGAGUCUGGCCAGGGAGCCCUGGAGCCCUCCAAGACCAGGGUCCCCCAGAGGCCACCCUGGGCCACCAGGAUAGGGUGCUGGGCAGCUGUGCUGAGACAGGUGGCACAUUUCCACCCAGCCCCAGGCUUCUUUUUCACUCUACAGGUGCCCCGUGGGUCAGCCUCCCACACAGGCCUCAGGAAAGGGCACAGCUGGAGCUCAGCGGGCCUCAGUGUCCUCGUGGGGCGAGGGGAACGUGAACUUCCCAGGCUCCCAUGACCUGCUCUCCCACAGAGAGGCCCUCCUUAGCCUCCUCCUUCCCUGGUGCUUCUCUGUUGAUUAAAGCCAUCCAAAGGCAUCACAGGGCGGCAGCAACCUGAGAGUUUAGAAACACAGUGGUUCCCCUCUGGCCCAGCCCCCGCCAUGCAGGGCUGAGACCUUGUUCCCAUUUCCUCACUGUUAUAACGGGUGGCCCACAGUGGUCCCUGUCUCCCACCCCCGCACUAGAUCUCUGGUUCAUGUGGCACCAUCCACCACUUGAGGGCGGUGAUUUGUGUCCCAGAUGUUCCAGACACAGUGGCCUUAAUCUCCACCUUCCCUCAGGGAUGCUGGCUGGAUAUGGACCAUGCCCUCUCCUCGCAUCCAGAUGCGCCUCAACCCAAACCCUGCCCUGCACCUCCACCCACACAAGAAGCUCACAUGUUGCAUCCACUGAAAACACUGCACAGAAAAAAAUCACUGUGCACACAGCUCCAUCUCUGUGUGCUGCUCCGAGAUCGCAAAUCUGGAAACACCUCCUUUUAAAGGAGACCCUUCCCAUGCUUUAAGGCUUUGGUGGUGGGAGGGAGAAGGCAGGUGUGGCAGCCGCAGAGGCCAAAGCAGCUGAGGCAGCGCCAGACCCGCCCAUGAGCAGCCAAAGGACCCGUGGCCCGGUCC